CGGGAUAGUCUGCCGGAGUGCACACCCGUCCCUCCGUCCGCCCGGCUGCUGUGCUCGCUCCCGCAUGCUCUUCCGCCAUGAAUCCCUGCCGCCUGCUCGUCGCCCACCUGCUGUUGCUGUGGAGCCGUGGGCUCGCCGCCGGAGCCUCGGCGGACCCUACCGAUUACGCGGACCCCUGUAAAGCGGUGGCUUUCUGGGGAGAUAUUGCUCUGGAUGAAGAGGAUCUGAAGUAUUUUCAUCGUGACAGAAGUUCAGAUUUAAUGGGACAGGGAACUGACAGAACAGGACACACAACUGGUGGGACGACUGAACUGCUACGAAGGCCUCAUACCAACGCCAUGGCAACUGGAGGCAGCAGGGCACUGAGAGGGGGUAACCGGGUCAGAGUGAGACGGAAGAACCAGCGUCGGCAAGCAGGAGCUUCCCACAGAAGAGUUGGCCGAGCUGCGACGUCGAAGCCAGAACGGAUCUGGCCCGGGGGAAUCAUUCCCUAUGUUAUAGGGGGCAAUUUCACCGGAAUGCAGAGAGCCAUAUUUAAGCAAGCAAUGAGGCACUGGGAGAAGUUCACGUGUGUCACGUUUGUGGAGCGAUCGACUGAGGACAGCUUCAUCGUCUUUACUUACAGACCAUGUGGGUGCUGCUCGUACGUGGGUCGCAGAGGGGGUGGACCCCAGGCCAUCUCCAUCGGCAAGAACUGUGACAAGUUUGGGAUCGUGGUGCAUGAGCUGGGCCAUGUGAUUGGGUUCUGGCACGAGCACACCCGGCCCGACAGAGAUGCCCAUGUCAGCAUCAUCAGAGAAAACAUCCAGCCAGGGCAGGAAUACAACUUCCUGAAGAUGGAGCCCGCUGAAGUGAAUUCCCUUGGAGAGACUUACGAUUUUAAUAGCAUAAUGCACUACGCUAGAAACACCUUCUCCAGGGGUGUUUUUCUGGAUACCAUCCUUCCUCGGAGAGAUGAUCAUGGCACAAGACCUACUAUUGGGCAGAGAGUAAAACUGAGCCAAGGAGACAUCAGCCAAGCCAAGAAACUGUACCAGUGCCCAGACUGUGGUGAAAGUUUGCAGGACUCGGUUGGGAAUUUCUCAACCCCUGGGUUUCCAAACAGCUACCCGUCCUUUUCCCAUUGUGUGUGGAGAAUAUCGGUGACACCAGGAGAGAAGAUCAUUUUAAACUUCACCACCAUGGACCUGUUUCAGAGCCGUCUCUGCUGGUACGAUUACAUUGAGGUACGGAAUGGGUACUCGAGGAAAGCACCACUCCUGGGCAGGUUCUGUGGUGGGAAGAUUCCGGAACCCAUUGUGUCCAGCGACAGUCGGCUCUGGGUCGAAUUCCACAGCAGCAGUAACUGGGUAGGCCGGGGAUUCUCCGCUGUUUAUGAAGCGAUCUGUGGAGGAGAACUCCACAAGGACACUGGCCAGAUUCAGUCUCCCAACUACCCUGAUGACUACCGGCCUUCCAAGGAGUGCAUCUGGACAAUUACCAUCCCCAAGCAUUUCCAGGUGGGCCUGGUCUUCCAGGCCUUCGAGAUGGAGCGGCACGAUACCUGUGCAUACGACUUCCUGGAGAUCCGUGAUGGUGGCGGCCCAGACGCUCCCCUCAUUGGCCUCUUCUGUGGUUACACUAAACCCAACGAUAUCAAAUCCAGCUCCAACAAACUCUGGAUGAGGUUCUUGUCAGAUAAUUCAAUCAACAAGGCGGGAUUCGCCGCAGACUUUUUCAAGGAGGAGGACGAGUGUGCCCGGCCAGAGCACGGUGGUUGUCAGCAGCGAUGUGUCAACACCCUGGGCAGCUACAGAUGCUCCUGUGAACCGGGCUAUGAGCUGGCAACAGACCGCAAGAGCUGUGAAGCUGCCUGUGGUGGAUUCCUCACUUCUCUGAACGGCACGGUGAGCAGCCCUGGCUGGCCCCACGAGUACCCUACCAACCGGAACUGUGUGUGGCAGCUCGUCGCCCCAGCGCAGUAUCGCAUCUCCCUGCUCUUCGAGGCCUUCGAGCUGGAGGGAAACGAGGUGUGCAAGUACGACUACGUCGAGGUUCACAGCGGGCUCUCCUCUGGAUCCAAACUGCACGGCAGGUUCUGUGGCACCGAGAGGCCUGACAUCAUCACCUCGCAGUUCAACAACAUGCGGAUCGAGUUCAAGUCUGACAACACCGUGUCCAAGAAAGGUUUCAAAGGACAGUUCUUCGCAGAUAAGGACGAGUGCUCGGUGAACAACGGGGGCUGUCAGCACGAAUGUGUGAACACGGUCGGGACUUACGUCUGCCAGUGUCGCAACGGGUUCACGCUGCAUGAGAACGGCCUCGACUGUAAGGAAGCUGGCUGCAGAAAUACAAUAAGCAGUGUGGAGGGAGUGAUCGCCAGCCCCAACUGGCCGGACAAGUACCCCAACCGCAAAGAGUGUACCUGGACCAUCUCUGCCCCCCCUGGGCACAGGGUCAAGCUGGCCUUCAGCGAGUUUGAAAUUGAGCAGCAUCAGGAAUGUGUUUAUGACUAUCUCGAGGUCUACGAUGGUCUUGGUGCAAGGUCCUCCUUUCUGGCCCGAUACUGUGGGAGUAAAAAGCCAGAGACGAUCGUCACCACGGGGAAUAAAAUGUUCAUCAAGUUUUUCUCUGAUGCCUCGAUCCAGAGGAAAGGAUUCCAGGCAAAACACAGCACAGUGUGUGGUGGGCAUCUCAGAGCCAAGGUCAGAGCCAAUGACUUGUACUCACAUGCACAGUUUGGAGACAACAAUUACCCUGGCCAGCUGCAUUGUGACUGGGUGAUCAUGGCAGAGGAUGGCUAUGGGGUGGAGCUGAUAUUUCAGACGUUUGAGAUCGAGGAAGAGGCUGACUGCGGAUACGAUUACAUGGAGAUAUACGACGGCCCUGACAGUGCGGCCCCUCGACUUGGGAGAUUCUGUGGAUCAGGGCUCCUUGAGGACAUGUACUCUGCAGGGGACUCGAUCAUGAUCCGAUUUCACACUGAUGACACCAUAAAUAAGAAAGGUUUUCACACUCGAUACACCAGCACCAAGUUUCAAGAUGAGCUGCACAUGAGGAAAUGACCACACCCCACUGGUGGUACGCUGGACUUUAAAAAUGCGGCUUACUUUACCUGUACUUUGACCAAGGAGGGUUGAGAGCCGUUUCUGCUUUUGGUUCAAAUUGAACAUGAUUCCAAAACAGGAAACAAAUCCUCCUUCAUCCAAACCAUUGAUUCAGUGUUACUUAUGAUUCUAUUCUGAAAGCUCUGCCCUGUCAGACUGACAUCUCUGUCCUCAUCCCCAUCCUUUCCUCCCUGUCCCUUUCCCCUUCCCCAUUCCUCUCUCCCAACCUCCCUUUCUCUGCCCUACCCUAUUGGCUCCUUUCUCCUCUUCCUUCCCCUGCAUCUGUCCAGUCUGCAUUUAUAAGUGUGAUGACUCCUUGUUUUUUGCUUAAAUAUGAAGGCAACGUCUCCAACCUGCCUCACUGGCUGGGAGGUUUACACUGCUCUAGCUGCCGAAAGGACACAGCUAGUUAUGGAUCCCGGUAGGCAAACUGCAUGCAAAUAUAGAACUUCGAAGAGCUGGAAACCUUUGAAACAUCACAAGAAAUAGGGCGGUCUGAUCAUCUUUAACAGUGUUUAUGAUGUUCAAGCUCAUCACAUGUGAAUAUGUUGAGAAUUGGGCACUGUGGUAUUCAAAAACAAAUGGAGAUAGUUUGCUUAAAAUAGAAUGUGGUAUUCUGUUUAAUAAGAAAAAAGUAAUGCUGAGAUACUUCAGAAAUCCAAAUUUUUAAUGAAUUAUUCCAUGCAUGGAAGCCACUGGUGUUUCCAUUAACCCUAGGUGCAGGAAAAGAGCAGAAACAUAUUUAUAGUAAAAUAUUCAACAUUACAGUCUGUUGCUUCUGUAUGUCUGAAGCUGUAUCUGGUAGUUGGUUGUAGAUGGUUAGUUUGUUAUUUAUUCUCAAGAAACACAGUGUGUGACUGGGUCAGAGCAGGCGCAGCUGUGCCCCCUACUGUGUUGUACAUGAAGCAAGGAUGUAUCUGUAUAGCAAGUAUGCAUUCAACAGUAAAUUCCCCAGAUCUUUAUCUAUCACCAUUAUACAGAGGGCAAUUCUCUGUGCAUCACUGAUUCACCUAUCAGGAAAAACUCUGGGACUAUAAUCUUGUGGCCUUUUUGUGAAGUGCCUGAAAAGUACUGUUUACAAAACAAUGCAUCUUUUCUGAAUUUAUAAUUUUUCUGUUGAAAGUUAAAAUAAAGAAUUGCUUAUUUAAA